GCAAUUUGUCAGUUCGCCUUCAAGAAGAGCUCAAAUUUCGGAGCCUGAAUUUCAUGCCAUUCCAUUCUCCGAAGCUUUUGGAAACUUGAAAAAUGGCGGAAACCUCAGAAUCAGCAGUGCCCCAAGCCGAAACAACCACUGAAGUUUGUGAAGAGUCGAGGAAGAUUAACCCUAGAGUCGAAAUCGACACGUCUCCGCCGUUCGAGUCGGUUAAGGAGGCUGUGACCCGUUUUGGUGGCAGCGGUCCCUGGAUCCCCCUUCACCUGCUCCGACUAGCUGCUGAU